UCCUGUUGUCUUACUUCCUGUUGUCUCUUCCUGUUGUCUUACUUCCUGUUGUCUUACUUCCUGUUGUCUCUCCACACCUGAAGAAAGCAGAUAAAUGUGCUCUGGAGAGCAAAGUGAGCCGUCUGCAGUUUGACUCUGUGACCGAGCAGCUCAACGUCAUGUUUCACGAGCUGCUGAGCAAAGUGACGGGUCAGGAGCAUGACUGGAACAACGUGAUGGAGCGACUCUCCACCGAGAUGGAGUGUAAGUUGAACAGGAUGGAGUUGGACUCUGUGAAGGAGCAGCUGGAGGAUCGAUGGAAGAACAUCCACAAGAAGCUGCAGGCUCAGGGAGCUCCAGAGCACGAGGACGCUGCUGGGAUCAGGAAACAGCUGGUGGACAGAUUUCACUGCCUCUCCUGUGACCGACCUGUAGUCAUGCACACCCCCGGACAACAUCUGAAGCUGCCGUCUUCUGGAUUCCCCUCACACAAGUCCAUCAGGCCGUUCACUGUGUACGCUCUGGAGCAGUUCAGACAGCACUACAGGAGCCUGAAACCAGGAACCAACCGCCUCAACUACGAGGCCGCAGUCAGGAGACGGGAGCAGCUCCAGAGGAGCCACGUUGUGAUGUGCAGCCAGAUAGACAGCAUGCACGGGACACCGAGACACGGGGACAGGACCGGCUGCUGCACCACCGCCGGGGAAAACCUGAUCCAGACAAGGUAGGGAGGAGAGAGGAGACAGGACAGGAAGGGAGGGCAGG